GAGAGGGAGGCGGCGGGCGCGGCCGGAGCGGCUUCAGCCUCGGCUUGAGGGCUGAGGCGAAGGAGGCGACGGCGGCGGCUGCGGCGGCGGUGGCGGAGAGGCGGCGAAGGUGAUGGCGACGCGGGGCCCAUGAGGCGGCGGCCGGCGGGACGGGCCGAGGCCCGGCGGAGGACGCGGCUUCGGGGGCGCCCACCGCCGGAGAGAAUUUGGGAAAGUAACAAAGUACAAAAUCUGGAAGAAGGUUUUGGGUAACAGGAGCUCUGGUUAACAGGGCAAACCAAUUCCACCACCAUGAGUUGGAGCUUCCUGACUCGCCUGCUAGAGGAGAUCCACAACCAUUCGACAUUUGUGGGGAAGAUCUGGCUCACUGUGCUGAUUGUCUUUCGAAUUGUCCUAACUGCUGUAGGAGGAGAGUCCAUCUACUAUGAUGAACAAAGCAAAUUUGUGUGCAACACAGAGCAGCCUGGCUGUGAGAAUGUCUGCUAUGAUGCCUUUGCCCCGCUCUCCCACGUGCGCUUCUGGGUAUUCCAGAUCAUCCUGGUAGCAACUCCCUCUGUGAUGUACCUGGGAUAUGCUAUUCAUAAGAUUGCCAAAAUGGAGCAUGGUGAGGCAGACAAGAAGGCAGCUCGGAGCAAACCCUAUGCCAUGCGUUGGAAACAGCACCGGGCUCUGGAAGAAACAGAAGAGGACCAUGAAGAGGAUCCUAUGAUGUAUCCAGAGAUGGAGUUAGAAAGUGAAAAAGAAAAUAAAGAUCAGAACCAACCAAAACCUAAGCAUGAUGGCCGACGACGAAUUCGAGAGGAUGGGCUCAUGAAAAUCUAUGUGUUGCAGCUGCUGGCCAGGACUGUGUUUGAGGUGGGCUUUCUAAUAGGGCAGUAUUUCCUGUAUGGCUUCCAAGUCCACCCAUUUUAUGUGUGCAGCAGACUUCCUUGCCCUCAUAAGAUAGACUGCUUUAUUUCUAGACCCACUGAAAAGACCAUCUUCCUUCUAAUAAUGUAUGGUGUCACAGGCCUCUGCCUAUUGCUUAACAUUUGGGAGAUGCUUCAUUUAGGGUUUGGGACCAUUCGAGACUCACUAAACAGUAAAAGGAGGGAACUUGAUGAUCCGGGUGCUUAUAAUUAUCCUUUCACUUGGAAUACACCAUCUGCUCCCCCUGGCUAUAACAUUGCUGUCAAACCAGAUCAAAUCCAGUACACUGAGUUGUCCAAUGCUAAGAUUGCCUACAAGCAAAACAAAGCCAAUAUUGCCCAGGAACAGCAGUACGGCAGCCACGAGGAACAUCUCCCGGCUGAUCUGGAGACUCUGCAGCGAGAGAUCAGAAUGGCUCAGGAACGCUUGGAUCUAGCAAUCCAGGCCUACCACCACCAAAACAACCCCCAUGGUCCUCGGGAAAAGAAGGCCAAAGUGGGGUCCAAAUCUGGGUCCAACAAAAGCAGUAUUAGUAGCAAAUCAGGGGAUGGGAAGACCUCCGUCUGGAUUUAAUCUUGGUUGGGCUUAAAACUUGGGUUUUCGUAGUUUAUGGUAAGCAGCAACUUGCUGAAUAAUGACUUCCAUUGAGUAAACAUUUGGCUCUGGUUGUCUUCAGGGAUGCUGUUGGCUCAUGAUCGGAACUCAGGGGACUGAAGGUGGAGCUGGGAUGAGUUGGGAGGGGAAACACAGUGCUCCCAGGCACAUGUUCUCAGCAAUAAUGCAGUUGCAGAACUUGAAGUUUGUGUCUUCCAGAUCCAGAGAAGAACAGAUAUAUUUAAAUCAUUCUCGUUGAACAGUUUUUGUAUGUACAGUAUUAUGGUACAUUUUUUUUUAGUAUGAUAACUUUUUUUUUUGUAUUUGUACAUUGGACUGCUGUAGUUACACUUUUUUAUAUUAAAGGAAAAAAUCCUUGUAAAUAAUGUCUGUUAAAGGGUAAUGUUAUUACUUUGUUUAGCAAAUAUUAUCUUGUGAUUGGAAUUUUGGUAGAUGGUCCACUUAAUAAAAGUGCCUCUCGUGUUUCA